UUUGUGAUGAUAUAUAUUUCCAUUUUUUAACUAAAUUAAUUAGUAAAUUUUAAUUAUUUAUUUUAUUGUAACCAUGGAACCGUUGUAUACCAUUUCUUUCUUAAAACUCUCAAUUAUUCACUAAUUUUAUCAUUCACUCUUCUUUUUACAUGUUAUUUGUAUAGGUCUUAAAUACCAAUAUCUAUAAUCUCUAUUUGUCCCCUCAACUCUGUACUACCUUUGCGGGGCCUUCUGUAAUCUCACCUCGAUCCGAUGCAAUUUUUCCGUUUCUGUUUAAUUUAAUUUGUUGAAAUAACAAGACUUUGGCUUCUUUAUCUAUUUACCAGAUUCUAUUUGUAUUUGACCAUAAGCUCUUCUGUUUACGACCGUUAAAAUACACGCCUAAUGUGCUACGUUGUUUUUGAUUCUAAAUCUAUAAAUUAGUGCCAAUAUACAUCAAAUUUAUAUAUAAAAUUAUAAAGGUCUUUCACAAUUUUUUAAAUUUUUCUGAUUUUUAAUUUUUAAUAUUUAGCUUUUGAUAUCUAGUCGAUAGUCAAACGAGGUGCUUAGUGUAUAGUAAAUUUAAAGAUAACAUAUCAAGAUGUUGUCCGUUAACAAGAUUAAAGUCAUUAGUACCUUAUCUAAUGUCAUUUCUGUACUAUUGAACUCCUGUUUAAUAGUGUUUUGUUUCUAUCUGGUUAUGCAUAAAGGGUUCAAUUUAGGCAUACUGGUGGUUGAUGCGUACUUUGCUGCAAUUGGGAUAGUUUUUGCGUUGUUUUGCAUUUACUCGGUAAUCAAAGUAAAUUUAUCUUGCUUACUUCCUUUGAGAACUUACUAUGCAAUUUCUGGAUUUUUCAUGGCGUUUUGUGCCGUACUGCACACCCUGACGCCACUCUAUUCUACAUUUGAAGAUGAACCAUACACAACUGAAAACGCAUAUUACUUGGCAGCUACAACUUACAUUCUUUGUUUUAUUCAGAACUUAUACUCUUUCUUCCUAACCCACUCCUUAAUACAACACAAACGCAUCGAACUUGAGAAUGAAGGCUUUGAAUCAAUGGGAGAAGGCAAGUCAUGUUCUUUACUUAACGUCACCGCUGCUUCCAACAAAUUAGGUGCAGUAGUAUAAUUU